AUGAUGAGAGGCCCACCUCCACCUGGCAUGAGAGGCCCACCUCCACCUGGUAUGAGAGGGCCACCACCUGGACCUGGAGGUCCUCGAGGACCUCCAUUUGGUAGACCACCAUUUGACCCUAAUUAUGGCCCUCCACCUGGCAUGCAUGGCCCUCAUGGUGGUGGUAUGCCUGGUGGUAUGCCUCCACCACCACCUGGCAUGGGACCACCAGGACCACAUGGGCCAGGACCUGGACCACAUGGACCACCAGGAAUGUCUCCACAUGGACCUCCAGGACCACCACAUGGACCACCUGGGAUGCCCCCCGGACCGCCUGGACCACCUCCUCGUCCACCUAUGAUGCCUCCUCCAAAUAUCCCACCUCCAAACUUUUCAGUUCCCCCCCCUGGUUUUUCAUUGCCUCCUCCUGUAUCAAAUGCUCCUGCCACCACCAUGGCAGCAAUGCCAUCCCAAAAUGCUGCUUUGGAUACAAGUAAUCAAGAAUUGUGGGUUGAAACUAAAACGGCUGAAGGAAAGUGUUAUUAUUACAAUGCAAGAACUCGUGAAUCAGCAUGGACCAAGCCAGAAAAUGUCAAGAUCAUCACUCAGACUGAAGUAGAAGCAAUGGCUGCACAGAUGACUACCCAAACAACUCCAAGUGCUACUGUUAGCACAGUAUCAAAUUCUCCAACUUCUACAACAACUGCUGCACAAACUGCUGUAGCUCAAGAUAUGCCACCUGGUUUCAAUCCCGCUUUGAUGCCUCCAGGUUUCACCCCACAAGUAAUGCAGCAGCUGGCUGUUGCUGCUGCUGCUGCCACUGUUCCAGCUGCCGUAGCUGCUGCAGGAGCUGUGUCCACCCAGUCAACUGCUGCAGUUGUAACACCCACACUUAAUGCAAGUGUUGCUCCCCAAACAGAUCCAAUGAUCAAUGAUCAGUCUGCUGUUGUGGCUGAAAAACCUCCUCAAGGACAGCUUCCUGCUAAACCUACUGAAGUGGCUGAAUGGUCUGAACACAAGAAUGCUGAUGGUCGGGUUUACUAUUACAAUGCAAAAACAAUGGAAUCUACUUGGGAUAAGCCUCAGGUUCUUAUAGAUUGGGAUGCUAAACUAGCACAGCUGCAGAAACCUGAUCAGUUGACAACAGCUGCAGAAUCCCCUGCCCAGCUGAACUCCAUAAUGCAGGUAAAUGGGACUGAUGAGACUGAAGAAAUACCAAUGGAAACUUUGCAAAAUGAAAAAGAUGAAGAGAAAAGUGAUGAGGAUGAAAAGCAGAAAGAGACUGAAGAAAAGUCAGAAGAGCAAAAGGCUGCAGAUAAAGCACGUCCAGUUUCCAGUACACCAGUACCUGGAACCCCAUGGCAAGUAUAG